UAUAGGGUACGUUGUUUUUAUUGAAGAAAUACUAGUACUUAACUUUAGAAUAAGACACAAUAGGAAUUAAGUAAAAAAGAAAAAUUAACUGAAAAUGGCAAGUGAUAAUAAGAUGAGACAAAUUCAUCGUAGAAAUUGUUUGCAAGAGACAUUUGAUGAUGAAAUAGUUGAAUUAGAAAGAGCAUUUCGUAAUGCAUAUAUCCUUAAGUCUCUGGAAGCGCAAUUAGCUGAGAAAGAAGCAAAUAGAGUUGCUCAUGAAGCACAAGAACGAUUAUGCCUGCAAUUAAUGGCUUUAAAGCAGAAAAAAAUAAUGGAGAAAGAAAAAUACGAAUACCUAGAGUCACGAAAGCAAAGUCAUGAAAUGUAUAAAAAAUAUUUACAAAAACAAAUGGAAAUGAAGAAAGAGAAACUCGAGCAGGAAAAAGAAGUUGCUAAAAGAAAUAGAAAAAUAUUGGAAGAAGUUGAUGAACUCAUGGAUAAAAUACAUGACUUUUCCAAACAGAAGCAACGGGAAUUACUCCAAGCUAAAUUGAGACGUGAAAAGCUGAUAUUUGAUGAGAUUCGAGAAAUAAAAAAAGUUAUUGCAGAAGAAAAAGAAAUAUUAGAAGCUGAACGUGAGAUGAUAUUUUUGGAGCAAAAAGUACAAAGUAUAGAAAAAGCUAAAGAGUAUCAUGAAAACCUUGUCAAAUCUCGUCAAGCUUUGAUAGAUAAAGUAGCAAAAUUAUUUAUGGAUAUGACAAUUGAAAAAUGUAAGCGUGAAGCAGUUAUUGCGAAUUUAUUAGCUGAAGAAAUAAACCAAGAAAUCUUGAUUAUUCAAAAGCAAGAUAAAGAAUGGAUUAAAGAAAAAAAAGAUAAAGAAAGACAGCUUGCAAAUGAUCUUAUGGACCAAAUACGUUUAUCUGUAGAAUGUGAAGCACGUGCUCGAGAGCAAGAUAGAAUUUUCUUUGAGAAAGUGAUGGGUAAAGUAAUGGAAGACAAAAGUAUGGCAAUUCUUACUUUAGAAGCACGAAAGCGAAAACAAGUUCAGUAUAAAGAAGACUUAGAAAAGCUCAUUUUGGAGAGAAAAAAAAUACGUGAAGAUGCCUUGAAGAGGAUGCGCCAAGAAGUUAACGAUUACCAAGAAGUUGAAGAGACUCGUAGAAACCAAAUAAAAGAAGGAAGAAGAAGAUUGAUUGAGCAACAUGCUAAAAAUAUUGUUGGUUAUUUAAAAGAAAGCAUUUUUACUAACGAAGAAGUGGAAAUAGUUAAGCAGUUAUUGGAUAAAUGCCGGAAGAUUUGAUAGAUUAAUAAUCCAAUCAAACGACAAUA